CGGACACUUUUUUGGCUGAGGGGCCCAUCUUGUUAUGUACUAUCCUAGGCCUACUGGCUGCUAGUGAGACUUACUUCCCCUUCCAAAAUAUUUGCUGCUAUAAUCUUGCUCUGCUGGCUUAGCAAUCUAGAUUUAGAUCUGCUAGAUCCCUAGGUUCUAGGCCUUUAUUCGGAACCUUUACCCGUUGUCACGAAAUUGUGUUAAAAUAAAAGCAAAGAACAUGUGGUUUUGGAUUGCCCUAGCAAUUUUUAUAGUUUUCAUAAUAGUUCUUUAUCUGUUGUCGCCACUGAUUUCGCCAAAGCCCAUUGACUUGCAAAAUGCUCAUGUGAUGAUCACUGGUGGUUCCAGUGGCAUUGGAAAAGCCCUGGCAUGCCAGGCGGUUCGUACUGGAGCUCGGGUCACUCUUGUUGCUAGAGAUCAAGUUAAACUAGACCAAGCCCAGUCAGAAGUAGCUCUUCUUGCACCUGGAGAAGAAAAGAUUGUCCAGACUGUUUCUGUGGAUCUGUCAGCAGAUUAUGAUUCUGUGAAAAAGAAGUUUGAAGAGAGCCAGGUUACGUUUGGCCCAGUUGAUGUGUUGAUCAACUGUGCUGGAACUGCCAGUCCUGGCAGAUUUGAUGAAGUUCCCUUGUCUGAUUUCAAGAAAAUGAUUGACAUAAACUAUAUGAGCACAGUUCAUGCUACGCGUGCCAUUCUCCCAGGCAUGAAAGAGAGAGGUCUUGGACGUAUCGUGUUUGUGUCCUCUCAGGCAGGUCAAACGGGCUUGUUUGGUUUCUCUGCAUACUCUGCUUCCAAGUAUGCAUUGCGAGGUCUUGCUGAAUCUCUACAGAUGGAGGUGAAACCCUACAAUGUGCACCUGACCCUUGCUUUUCCUCCUGACACCAAUACCCCUGGCUUUGCAGAGGAGCAGAAAUCAAAGCCUGAGGAAACUCGACUUAUCUCUGAGACGUCCGGUCUCUUCUCUGCUGACAAUGUGGCAAACAUCAUCUUAGCCGACACUGUGCGUGGCCGUUUCUUCAGCUCUAUGGGUUUGGAUGGCAUCAUGCUGUCGUCACUUACCUGCGGAUUUUCCCCAGUUGUCAGUAUUAUGGAGGCCACCCAACAGGUUCUGACAAUGGGCAUUUUUCGCAUCAUCUCCUUGAUCUACUUGGACCACUUUGACAGAAUAAUCCGCGAUUGCAAAAUGAAGAGGGAGCUCAAGGAGGGGACCAAAAAGGAUUAGGCAUGCUGCGUGAAAGUGGAUAAUCCUGUCUUGACGAAUUAUGUGUCUUUCAUUGUCUUGAAAAUGACCUUAGCAGAGUUUUACAGAGUUUCUGACCUUUAUUUUCAUGUGUUUGACAGGGGAGAAUGAAAUUAUUGCUAGUUUUUUGGGACAUGUUGGGGUCUCUUUAAUCUCUUUGAAGUGUGUACUAUUUUGUUCUCUCCAGACAUCAAACAUCCAAUAAAUAGGGGGGGGGGGAGUUAAUGUGAAAGCUCAUGCUUUGAUAGACUUUGCUGAAUCUUUUAAUGACUACUUGCUACUGAAUGAUUGUCCCCUGUGAUGGAACUUACUGUGAUGUGCCUUAGGUGACUUUAUGUACCUCGUAAAAAAAACCCCAGGAAAACACGAGAUAGCAAAAUAGACUGAUCUCUGCAAUACGCUACUGCUUAAUACAGUAUUUAACAUGAAGCUGUUUAACAUGAAGUUCAGGCUAUCAUGAAAGGUUUUCAAAUUUAUCCCCCCCCUCCCCCCGGUUUAUUCCCUGUGCACUGCAACUUUUUAAACUUGAAAUCUGCUUAUCACAGAGAAAUUCUCCAGUCCCAUGAAGUUCGUGUUAUUUUGGUUUUACUACAUAUUCAGUGUCAAAAGCUAGCUGUAAGAUAUGAUAUGAAUGGUGGAAUUUCUAAACUGAACUUCCAUGUAUCUCGAGUUUUCACCCAGUGUCCCUGAUGCAGAAUUCCUAGGACCCAAAACCCCUCUUUUUUGUUUUUUUGUUUUGGAAAGUUGUUCCAGUUUGUAGAAAUAAUGCAUCUUUUAUAAUUUUGCUUGUACUGGGUUUUUAAAAAUGUCGUUUUAUAUUAAACAUAGAUUCUUUAGUGCUGAAGUUGAUUUUUCUGUGCUUUAAAUUGAAGUACUUUAAUCUGGUUCUGGUUUAGGUCCUUUCGCUUUAAGUUUUUGUUUGUAGAUUUUGUGAAAAGGAUGUCUCAAAUCGUACUUAAAUAUACGAGCAGCUUUAUUUUCUAAUGCAAUCUUGCAAGUAUGUCUCAAAUAUGUGUUGCUAGGAAUAGGGCUUUGUUAGACAGUGUUCAGUGAAAGCUUUUUUCAAAUACUGAAAGGAAAUACAAUAGAGGGUAAAAUGGCGGGUCAUCAGAUGAAUUAGUGUAACCCUUAAAUCUAAAUGAUUCACGGCUUCUGGACUUAAUUGUGUGAGUUGAGAACAGUUUGCUGUGGUCGUGCCACAGUUGUCAGAGUCAUUUUUUGUUGUUUUGAGAAAACGUUUUGGAAUUUGGAAGCAGUGCUUAUUUAAGUCAAACUUAUGAGUGAAGCAAAAAUUAAUUUGUCUCUGUAACGGUGGUACUGAGGAUAUGGAAGAAGUGACAGGUGUUAUUAUCGUACCCGGUACCAAUAACUAAAAACCUGGCAAAAUUGACUUGUGUUAUGACAAUGAAGAUUGUAAUUUUGAUACUUAUUCCUAAUUGUAUUACUAUAGAGAAGAAUCACUUUUAAAUGUAUGUGAUCAUAGUAACACAUGACCUCGGCAGAUUUAAUUUAACAAAGCCUGAAAUCAUUGUCUCGAGAUAAAAAGUCUGAAUUACUAGUUGUCUUUGAGAAGUAUCGGUAGAGGAGAUGUGAUCUCAUUCAUGAGAGCGGAUGUGUCGGGCACUACAUAAUCACAACAUUUUUUCUUCUUGGUUGAUCAGCUGAGCAUAUACUUGAAAUUUUUAUCAAGUAAAUUUGAUCUUAGCUGAAUGAAGUCCCCUCAGGGUGGCUUCUUAGGGGCGACUUCUGUGCGGUCAAAAUUUUGUUUUCUUAAAACAGGAGGAUCUUUAGCUAGCCAGGAUAAUAAGCUGUGGGAUCCAUGGAAGAGACUACUGUACUAGAAACAGGAACAAAAUGCCAGUAAAAGACAGCAACCCCUGUAAUCUCAGUUUUGACUCCGUGGCACAGCUACAUUUGAUUU